CUCAAUAGCGCUUCAUGCUGCAGAAUAAUGCACUUUUAGCCGCUCAGAGUUUCACAAAAUGUCUUAAAAUUACACGUUUUAUUACAUGCAUUUUAGUCUCCCACACUGGUCGCUUAAUUAUCUUUGCGAGUGUAAUCAGCUUUUAUCCCCGCAGUCAGACAGACGACGAUAUUUUACUUUGGUGCUCUUUUCAGCGGGAUUUCUGCUCAUUUGGACUGAAGAUGGGCUGAAAAACACAAAGCGACAUAAUUUUGCAUAGAUUGAAUUUGAGUGACAUUGCGAUGUGAACUCAUGAAAUCACAUGUGAAAUAUUAAAGUGUUUUAAAUGUUGAAGUGACAGAAGUCGCUUAAGUGCAGUGCGCGAGGUUAAACUCGUUUGAAGGGAUGGACCAAUAUGAAUCAUAAAAAGAGUCUGUUUAUUGAAGCUCUGGAUAAAUGUGAGGACAGGAGAGAUGGAGGCUUUAAGCAGACCUGGAGGUGUUCUCUCUCAGAUGAUCGUGAAGAUGACAGCAGACAUGACGCCGCUCUUGUGACCAUGGAGCGAGUGAGUGGCCAGCAGGAGCUUUCCCCUGAGGGAAUGAAGACUCCAUCCAUGAAGCGCUUCAGCGCUAAUGGGUCUGUGGAGACUCAUGAACGACGUCCAAAUCAAUUAAGGCAACUCAACAGAGCCGGCAAGCUUAGUGAAUCAGUGAACCCCAAUCGAACCAGCUAUCUGAUAAUGAGUCCAGCGCCGUCCCAAGGAGUUCUGGUUCAGGGGCGGCUCUUCCAGCACGCACAGUUCUCUGCUCCAGUCAGAAAGCUGGAGCAAAGAUCCGAUAUGAUCCAAAGAGUCGAGCUGGACAGCAUUCUUCUCACCUGUCCUAAGAGUCCAGAUUCAGACAUCAGUGUUAAGAGACGUGUCCAUCAGAAACGGCGGGCGAUGAACGAUAGUCCUGCUCCUGUGGGCAAACCAGUUGAGCAGCCCCUUCAGCCUGAUGAUUACCUCACAGUUUGUGGUAAAUGUGGCCAGCCAAGUGAGGACCAUGUAAAAUGUGACCGCUGUGGAUAUAUCUUACCUGCUGAGACUCUGCCCCUUCCUGCUGUGACAUCAGCGCUGCCCCCUCGCCCCUCCAUUCGCUCGCAGCCGCCCUCUGUGCCGCCCAGCCUUCAGAUAAGCAAAAGCUUUUACGAGUCCACCUCUGGGGGCUGCUCUCAACAGAUAGAUGUCGUCAUGAGCCCAUCGGUGCGGAUCACACAUGGAGGUAUGCUGCUCCCGCACAAUGGAAGACUCGUUGCCACUUCGGGAAGCUCAGCGUGUAAUGGACUCAAGCAAGCUGGAGGCAAGAAACAGCAGAUCACCAAACCAUGUGAAUUAAAUGACCCCAUUGUGCUGUCCAGCGAUGAGGAUGAAGAAAGUGAUGAUAUCAGCAGCACAGGGACCGGUAACCGUUUGGACAGCGUGUCGCCGCGGCCCGCGGACUCUGCCCACUCAUCUCCUGCUCCCUCCGGUGGUCGGGUGGAAGCGGCGGUUAAAGCAGCUGGUGAACAUGAGGACCCUAGCAGUGACUUUUUCACUCAGACAAGCCAGAGAAACCUGGGACCCAGAAGGAAUCGCAUGAGAGAUCCAUUUGGGAACCCCGUGUGUGAAGAUCCGUCUCCUAAGAAGAGGAAAGUGGGUCAGGUGCAGAAGUUGGGCAGCAUUAUUCUGGAGUGCAGGAGCGUGAGGAUUGGCACUUUACGCAGGAUGGUCACCAAGCCUAUUGUGUUUUCGGUGGAGAACAUACGGCUGGAGACAGAAGGUCCCGAUGUGAAUGUGCUGGAGAGCGUUUGUUUGCGGUCGUCAGAGCUGACCAGAUGCGAGUGGUGUACCGUCAAGAAGCUGCCGGUCCUGUUUCUGCAGACCACCGAUGAGGAGUGCCAGCGAUUACAGACUCAGCUGCAGAUGUCUCAGGACGACGGAGAAAUAUGGUACGACUGCAGCGGCAACAAUGAUGAGAAGUAUAUUGUAUUGAUUUUUGAGAGCGGCCCCACUUUGCAAGAACAGAUGAUUCUGGAGGAUAUCCUUGCUGAAAUCGGCAGAAACAAUAAUAUGCCAGAUUUCCCUAAGAAAAUCAAUUUUGAUGAGGCCAACGUUCGACUGGUUGAGUACAAUAAAGCCUCCAUAGAAAAAGAAAAGGUUAAAGAGGUGAAAGCUGAAGAAUCAGCAACACCUUCAUCUUCAACCGUUUCAGCCUCAGCAUCCCUUUCGGUUGUGAUGGUUACCGUGGCAACAGCAAAUACAGCCCCAGCAGCCCCUGUCUCUUGUGUGGUGACGAGUGUGCGAACACGCAUGUCUGCUCGGCUCCAGGAGUACUGUGAAGAGGAUGAUGAGAUGGCAGAGCUCCAGCCGACCUUCACUGGUCCUAUUAUAAAGUUGUUGGUUUACCCCCCGCCGCCUGCUAAAGGAGGAAUCUCAGUAACCAAUGAGGACCUUCACUGUCUGAACGACGGAGAGUUCCUCAACGACGUCAUCAUCGACUUCUACUUAAAAUAUCUGUUUUUGGAGAAGUUGAAGAAGGAAGACGCUGUCCGCAGUCAUGUGUUUAGCUCAUUCUUCUAUAAGAGACUCAAUCAGAGAGAGCGGAGAAACGCAGUCGACACGUCCAACUUACCCAUACAGAAGAGGAAACACAACAGAGUGAAGACAUGGACACGUCACGUGGAUCUCUUCCAGAAAGACUUCAUCUUUGUGCCCAUCAAUGAGUCUGCACACUGGUAUCUCGCCAUAAUCUGUUUUCCGGGUCUGGAGAAGGCUCAUGUUGAGCCAAACCCACUGUACCAGCCUCAAACUCAAGCCCAUAGCACUGCUGUCUCCUCCAGCCCAGCCGCCGAUGGAGGUUCGGAUGAGCUGGACGACGUCAGAUCUGCGGCUGAUGUGAACAGACAGCCGCAGUACACAGAUGGUUUACACAGAAUAAUCGAGUGUUAUGGAACAGAUGACUCCCAUCCCUCUGAUGACCAAAGCUCAUGUCAGGACGAGUGUAGUGAAGAUGACAGUUUGGUUGAUGACUGUGGGAGCUUUGACAAAGCAGAGUGGACGUCCAAACCCACCAUCUGCAAACAGCCUUGUAUUCUGAUCAUGGACUCGCUGCGUGGACCAACCCGCUCGACUGUGGUAAAAACGUUACGAGAGUAUCUAGAGGUGGAGUGGGAGGUGAAGAAAGGCUCCCAGAGGAGUUUUGGGAAGGAUAUGAUGAAGGGCUCGAGUCCUCGUGUGCCACAGCAGGAUAACUUCAGUGACUGUGGAGUUUAUGUGCUGCAGUAUGUGGAGAGCUUCUUCGAGAGUCCUCUUCCAAGCUUUCAUCUCCCGAUGAAUUUAUUGGAUUGGUUUCCCCAGCAACGGAUGAAAACCAAGCGGGACGAGAUCAAGGAGCUCAUUCUGAAGCUUCAGACUCAGCAGCAGCUCAAUCUGGAGAGUUCUGGACAGACAGAUGGCUGCCACAGCCCCUGUGAGGAUACCUUAGAGUCAGCUGAUCUCAUCCCUCCAAUCAGCUCCUGACCUCCGCCCACGCUGCUACGCUUUCACCAUCACAUGACUUAGAAACACUAAAAGCCAAUCAGGGCCUUGUGUGAUUGUAUGCUGCUGGACAACUCUGCCGUUAUUUCUUAUGACCUUCUUAUAGUUUUGAUGAUAUGAAAUUUGAAAAGAAGAGUGGUUUGUUUUUUUAUUUGUAUCGAAUGCAUUGUGUACAUAAGCUAGGCUUCUUUUACUUUGCCGUUUUUUGCUGCCUUUUCAGUUUUACUUCUCAUUUAUUGUUCAGUUUUGCACCAUCUGUAAAAUAAAAGUUUGUGUUCAUCUUGAUUAUUUACUCUAAUGUGCCUAGAGGGUUAUAAAUACAGUACUGUUCAGUGUUCUGUUUGGAUUUCAUGCCUCUGAAGGAAAUGAAAGCAUUUUUUGUAAAAUUAGUAUCCAAGCAAACUUUGUGUCCACAACAAAAUAGAAAUCAUUUUUCAAUGUUCUGCUACUUGCCAUUCAGGAGUGCACAUUUGCCUUGGUACAGUCUAAUACAACAAUAUGAA